AUGGUGAGCGAGGGAAUGCUGUCUCCCGAUGGGGAGGAGCAGAGGAGGGCAGUGACCUAUGAUGAUGUGCAUAUCAACUUUACUCAGGAAGAGUGGAAUUUGCUGGAUCCUUCCCAGAAGAAUCUCUACAAAGAUGUGAUGCUGGAGACCUAUAGGAACCUCGCUGCUAUAGGAUUGAAAGAAUUCAAGGUGGAGAAAAACUUUCAGUAUAUAUUCAAUGUUCUGAAGCCUUCACACAUGCCAGUCACCUUAAAUGGAAUGAAAGAACACAUACUGGAGAGAAACCCUAUGAAUGUAAUCAGUGUGGGAAGGCCUUUGCAGCUCACAGUCAACUUCAAAACCAUAAAAAAAUACACACUGGAGAGAAACCCUAUGAAUGUAAUCAGUGUGGUAAGGCCUUUGCAGUUCAGAGUUAUGUUCAAAUCCAUAAAAGAACACAUACUGGAGAAAAACCCUAUCAAUGUAAUCAGUGUGGUAAGGCCUUUGCAUGGUACACUGGUCUUCAAUACCAUGGAAGAACACAUACCGGAGAAAAACCCUAUCAGUGUAAUCAAUGUGCAAACUAAUGGAGAAAACAUAAUUUUUGGAGUUAUGAAGUCCUACAGGCAGGAAAAUCAGCCAGUCAAAGAAUCACACCCUGUUAUUGAAAUGAGAUCCAAGGGAAAACACUUUGUCCCUGAAUCUAGAGCCAGUUAA